CAGGGGGAAAGGGUCAGAGAGGCACUUCGACAGGCAGCAGCCGCACGUUUUUCCAGUUUUCAACCUCAACUUUGGCUUGAGCCAUCAUUUUUAACACUUGCCUCACAAUUUUGUCUUUCUCCGUGGAUGUUUUCGGUUGACAGCUGUUUAUCGUCAUUGCCCAGGGAACGUGUUUUUACCAGGUUCUAGAAGUAACGGGCAGCGGAGAACCUCAGCUAGCGGCAGCAGCUAGAACGAGGCUACAGCAGGCUAGCUAACGUUAGCUAGCGACCUGGCUAGCUGCACACGAGCUGAGCAUUGCUCGGAGGUGGGGUGGGGGGGCGGUGUGCCUACCGUGUCGUUUGAUGGAUCCGAGAAUCGCCUGGUUUCAACCAGAACAACGUGGACCAGCUAACAACCUGUGGAUGCAGAUUUGGGAGACGACACAAGGGCUCGGGUACUUGCAUGUAAAUAACAGCUACACCACUGGAUCUCAGAGCACGGCGAGCCUGAAAGCGAUCAUCAACGGGGCGUCGGGAGCCGUCCACACCAGCAGAAACGGGGCACUUGACUCAAACACCGGUUGCGGUGAAGGAAGGACUCAGGGGAUGUCGAGCUCAAUGGGGGACGGGGAAAUAACGGAGCAGCGGGACUUUAUACCACUGGAAACCAAUAGCAACCACAACAACCGAGCCGCUGGCAGGGGCGGUGUCGGUGGAGGGGGGCAGCAGCAGGGCAGCGGGGUCGCUGUGCUUUGGAGGGGGGUGACGGACGGACACCCCAACAAAAGGAAAAGAGACAACAAAGCUAGCACUUUCGGAUUCAAUUCCAGCCUCUUGAACAGUGGCUCCAACGCAGGAAGCUAUGAUGGGUACGCGGGCACGCCAUGGAAAGUCAGGAACUACUCAGAAGGAAUUGUGGGGCUACACGAGGAGGUCAACGACUUCUAUGAGUACAUCUCCCCACGGCCGGAAGAGGAGAAGAUGAGACUGGAGGUGGUGGACAGAAUUAAGGGAGUCAUUCACGACUUAUGGCCCAGUGCUGAGGUUCAAGUGUUUGGGAGUUUCAGCACUGGUCUCUAUCUGCCAACAAGUGACAUUGACUUGGUGGUUUUUGGGAAGUGGGAGACCCUCCCACUGUGGACGCUGGAGGAGGCUCUUCGGAAGAGGAAUGUUGCAGAUGAGAACUCCAUCAAAGUUUUGGACAAAGCCACGGUUCCCAUCAUCAAACUGACAGACUCCUUCACUGAGGUCAAAGUGGACAUUAGCUUCAAUGUGAAAAGUGGUGUUAAAGCCGCUCGGCUCAUCAAGGAAUUCAAAGAGAAAUACCCUGUGUUGCCUUACCUGGUCCUGGUGCUGAAGCAGUUCCUACUGCAGAGGGACCUCAAUGAAGUUUUUACUGGUGGAAUUGGGUCCUACAGUCUCUUCCUCAUGGCUGUCAGCUUCCUGCAGCUUCACUACAGGGAGGAUGUGUGCAGUCCCAACAUCAACAUCGGCGUUCUGCUCAUUGAAUUCUUCGAGCUCUACGGUCGCCACUUCAACUACCUGAAAACAGGUAUCAGGAUAAAAGACGGAGGUUGCUACGUUGCCAAAGAUGAGGUUCAGAAGAACAUGAUGGAUGGCUACAGGCCCUCCAUGCUCUACAUUGAGGAUCCGCUGCAGCCAGAUAACGACGUUGGUCGGAGUUCAUACGGUGCCAUGCAGGUGAAGCAGGCAUUUGACUACGCCUAUGUGGUGCUCAGCCACGCUGUGUCACCCAUCGCCAAGUACUAUCCCAAUAAUGAGACGGAGAGCAUACUUGGCCGAAUAAUCCGGGUAACACAGGAAGUGGAUGAGUACAGGGAAUGGAUCAGAAAGAACUGGGGGAGCCCGUCUCAGAAUGAUCUGCCACUCAACAGAAAUGACGUGACACUGUUUGAGUCCCAGCAGCUCGAUGAGUGCAACAAUAAUGUUCCAGAUGAUGACGAUGACGUUGUAGUUCUGCCAUCUGCUCCCAACAGCAAAACCUCCUCCAAUUCCUCCUCUCCUUCCCCUUCACUGCGCUCCUUUCCCUCCUCCUCUCCACUGUCGCCUUCUUCAACAACCUCAACUUCCAGCUCCAGCGAUGCGGACUCUGAUGGCACGCCGUGUAAGACAGCCAAGCAGCAGUCUGGCCGGGGCCCCAGCGCCCACAGAGAAAAGUCUGCGGUUGUCAACAAUAACCGAACUCAGAGCCACACUACCAGCACUCCAUCUGGAAGCAACAAGGGAGGAAAAGCCAGGAUGUCUCGUUCGCACCUUAAGAGCGGCCACCACGGGCAGCAGAGCUCCUCCUCCAGCGCCAAAAGUCAUCAAAGCAACAAGCCACACCACCAGGGCAACAGCAAGAAGAGGAAAAAUGUGCGAGACUCGACACAAGACGACCUCUGCAGAUAGGGGUGACCCCGCCUGCCCCCCUCCCCGCCCCGUCCUUGUCUGCAACUGACUGACUGUCCUGUCCCACUUCUGCUGCCAGACCUCAGCCUCCGGAGGCUGUUAAAGUAUUAAAACAUCUACAGUAUCUGUCUCUCUGUCCAGCUUUUCGGGAUGACAAGCAACAAUUUCUAGCAGACGAAAAAAAAAGAACAAAAAAACAAAACAACAAAAAAAGAAUUGUUAUAGGAAAUGGGGUUUAAUUUCUUGGACCUGAACUGAAAUCACAAAGGAUAAAUGCUCAUUUGCUUCCCAAUAGCUUCUUUUCUGGAGCAGUUUUCCUUCCCACAGCCAGCACCCACACAACAUGCCUCUUGCGCCUCCUGCUGUACAGGAAUAGACAGGUCGGGUGUCUGGAAUCUACUCUGGAGCAAUACCUGGAACUGCUGGCUGGAAAAUAUGAUAAAUUUUAUCAACAAAAAAAAAGAAGAAAAAAAGCAAAUGGCUGAAAAAUGUACAAAAACAAAACUGUCAUGUACACAGAUUUUAUUAAGAUGGUAACAAAUGCAAUCAGUAAGAGUGGGACAUAACUUAUGCAUGAGUUGUUUUUUUUUUGUUGGUUGAUUUUUCUGUUAAUCUGUUUUGUUAUGUCUAAACAGGUUAUACAAAGAUUUGUACAAAAAAAUGCAUAAGCAAAAAACGGUAAAAAAAACAAAAAAAACAACAAGACGUAAGAAGAAGAAAACGUUUCAUAUGACCUUUUUACAAGAUAUACCGAUUGAGGACAUGUAUACGUGCACAUCUUGUGCCCCUCAGCUUUUUUUGGCCAAAGCCGAAAGCUGGUUUGGGUCCCAUUGCCAACAUAAAUCAUCAGCAUCUACUUUGACUUCCGGGUUGCUCUCUUGUGAGUGUGCUACAGUGUUAACAUUUAGCCUUUAGUGAGCCAAUGCUCACGUACAGCCCUAUAGAUGACUGGAUGGAGCCUGAGCUCUCACCCAGCUCAAUAGCACAGCCACACCAGUGUAGAGGCUUUACAGGUUUAAAUUAAUUAGGGGGUGAUAGUGGUUUUAUUGAGAAAUCCUACACUUGAAGAAAAAAAAUUGUGUUAACAAUACAACUGUGGGUGAUAAUCUGUUCAUUUGGUAAUUUACCCACUGCAAAAAUCAUUUGUAUUUGUUAAAUGUAUUUAUUUUUUUAUUAAUUAUAUGAACAUAGUAUGGAUAAAUGUAUUAUUAACAGUAGAGCCCAUAUCUUUGAGUCCUAUAUCUGAAGUAGGAUAAGUUGUGGAGAGGAUGGGGUGGGAAUGUUCAGGUCCAGUAAAAUUACCACCUUUAUUAUUUCAUUGGAUUUUUUUUUUUUUUCAGUGACAGUUGAGUGACCAAGUUCCUUUGAGAGACCAUUUUACAAGUCCGACAGUGAGAAUUUUGUUUUAAUAUGUGGCUGGUCUACUUACUUUAAAAGGGAGCUGAUUUUAAUUUUUGUUUUAUAAACCUACCAUAGCAAGAAAUACUUCUUCAAUAUGUCACCCCCCCUCAUCCACUUCUGUCAUUGCAGUACAACAACUAACCUGUAGAUGGAGUCAUCGCUCUUAAGUCUGAAUCCACAGAGUUUGGGGCUUGUAUACUGCAUUUGGAUGGUUUAUAUCUGCGUUAUUUUUUUCCCUGUUUGGCUGAUAAUAUUCUCCUAUUUCAACUGAAUGAGCAGCUGCACAUAGAAAACCCGUCGAGCCGAGUGCUUGGAGGGAGUUACACCAAAGCACACCACAAUCCUCCUGUUGUCUCUCUUCCAAAUGUCACCCACAGUUAAACAAAACAAGUAACCAGCAAUAUAAACCACAUUACAUGAUAUAUUAUUACUCCACAGAAUGUGUUAAGAGAGCUGAAGCACAUUUGAGUCCAUGCACUUUUACAGCCAGUCAUAUUUGGUGUUGGAAGUACGGUUUUUCUUGUCCACUCCCUCAUCCCCUCCUGUGUGAUACAGUUGCGGUAUAAAUGCAGUAUGUAAGCGCUGGUUUUGUGGUAGACGGACAUGGAGAAAGGUGAAUAAAGUUAGCCGUGCCAUCUGAAUGUCCACUGACCAUCUCUUUUCACUGCAGGAAGGCUUCAAACCCAACUGUAUUCAUCUGAAACAUUGUUUCUCUGCAGCUAUUCCAGUUCAUGCAAUAAAAACAGUACAAUUAAAACCGA